GCUGAUUCGUUCAAAAUGUCGAUUAAUAAGUUAUCUAUUUGUGUUGUCGCUUGCUUAUUACAGCAUGCUCUUUGCCAAACUGUCCUCUCCCUAAACAACUGCGGUUGCCAAUCGCAACCCCAAGGCCUAAACCUCGGGAACUUAGGCCUCGCUGUUGGCAACCCCACUUUCUCGAUCAGUAACCCCAACUGCAACUGUAAUGGCGGCCUGUCGCUAGGCAACGCUGGCAAUGGCAUCAAUCUGGGCAGCCUAGGUGCGCCGAAUUUCAAUUUUGGAAAUAAUUGCAACAAUGUUGUGCAGGGCACCAGCGAGCAAUGCGGAUACGGCGACGUUGCCAUCGUAGGCUCACUGCCAGUCCAAGGCCCUACUGCCGUGUGUGGCAAUGUGCCAGUCAUUGGCUACGUAGUAUUCGAGGGCGACGUGCCAGCAGGUGGCUUGGUGUCCGUCGUCGACCCCUGCGGCUGCCAAUGCAAUCAGUAAAAUCAAAUAUGUCAUUUUGAUAUUUUUGGCGAUUUGUUUUGAUUUUUUUUAUGUUUCAAAUAAAUCAUAAUGUUGUAA